UUUUUCCAGAACUGAUGACUUUACCAAAGUUCGAGUUUUGUGAAAUUGCGGCGAACCCAAAUGGAUGGGGCCCGGCAGGUCCACCACCUGCGCUAGAUACGUCCAUUCCGUUCCAGCAAUACAACAAGGCUGACCGCAUAGGCCGUGUUGCUGAUUGGAUUGGUGUAGAUCGCUUUUUUUAUCGAAGAGGAAAUGAACGUUACAAUGAACGUAUGUACGGCUCAGCUGCGAAUGCAGGAAGUCAAUUUGAUUACGUACAUGGCAUGGAUGAGAACAACUUCCAACUUGUUGACUCUUCAAAACCUGUGCAGCGUAAUCCUCAGCGUAACUUCCGUGCUCGUCAGUUGCAGUUCCGAAAAUUACUGCAAAAGGAGCAAGAAAGGCGUGAUCAAGCAAUGCAAGGUCAGAAUAUGAAGAUGAAGAGAAGCAUUGCCAAGGAACAACAGCGAGCUUUCAAGAUGUGGCAGCGCCGCGGAGGAAACGCUCGCCAGGGACAACGUGGACCCGGAGGACGUUAUCCUGGGGAGAGACCAAAGGACCGCCUUCCAUCUGUGCAAGUGCGUCCAGACUGGCAUGUUAUUGAAGAAAUGGACUUCCCGCGUUUACUUAAACUCAACUUGCCUGGCGUUGGAAGCGGUGAAGACAUCGAAAAGCAUCAGUACGGAACUCUUCACUUCUACGAUAAGGCUAUUGACCGUGUGUCCGUGAGAACUCCAAUAACUCUGCAGCGCUGUGGGGGCAAUUUCUAUAAUGUAACAACUACCGAGGACCCUGUGAUUGAGGAACUAGCCCAGCAAGGUAUAGGAAAUGUCUUUGCCACUGAUAUAAUAUUGGCAACUCUAAUGACUGCGCCACGAUCGGUAUACUCGUGGGAUAUCGUUGCCCAUCGAGUGGGAGACAAGCUGUUCCUGGAUAAGAGAGAUACUGGUGGUAUUUCCAACCCAGUAGAUGCACUAACAGUGUCGGAAACCAGCGGUGACCCACCAUCUUUUGAAGGCCAAAGUAUCAACAAUGCUAAGGAUCUUGCUACGGAAGCGCUGUUCAUCAACCAAAACUUCCGCCGUCAAGUGCUCAAACGCUCUGAGAAACCUUAUGUCAUGGCUCAUCCACGAGCUCCUUUUGAGGAAGAAGAUGGAGAAUCUGGAUGUGGAUAUCGAUAUCGAAAGUGGACUCUAGGAAAGAAUGCGAACGGCAAGCCGAUCGAAGUUGUUUGUCGUACAGAGCAUGAUGGUGUUAUGGCUGGUCCUUCGGGUGAUGUGCAAUUCUUAACGAUCAAGUCAUUCAAUGAAUGGGAUAGUUCCCAAUCGGGAGGAGUAGAUUGGAGAGUAAAAUUGGAUGGGCAGAAGGGAGCCGUCUUAGCCACGGAGAUCAAGAACAACAGCUGCAAGUUGGCUAAAUGGACUGUACAGGCUCUCCUUGCCAAUUCUGACGCGAUCAAAUUUGGUUAUGUAUCACGCAUGUCUGUGCGCAACAGUGCUCAGCAUGUGAUUCUCGGAACCCAACAGUUGAGACCAGUCGAAUUUGCUCAGAAUAUCUCGAUGAACAUGGAUAACGGCUGGGGAAUCCUGAGAUGCAUCAUUGACAGCUGCAUGCGUCAACCCCAAGGAAAAUACUUGCUGAUGAAAGAUCCACAGUCUCCCGUAGUAAGACUAUACUCCCUACCUGAGGGCACUUUUGAAAGUGAUCAAGACUCAAACGAUGACCAGGGAGAUUCGGACGACGAUAGUUAGACAGUGAAGUGUUGAAACUGCGCUUUUUGAGUUUUUUUGAUUUUAUGCGUGGGAAUCGUUAACAUAACCGUUGAACUAAAUAAAUCUAUUGGGAGUGUUUUCCCAGGCACAUCGGUACAACAGUAAAC